CGGCCCGUGCAUGGCCCAGCCAUGGAAGUGGUGGACGAGACGGAGGCUCUGCAGCGCUUCUUUGAAGGCCACGACAUUAAUGGAGCUCUGGAACCAUCCAACAUCGACACCAGCAUCCUGGAAGAGUACAUCAGCAAGGAAGACUCUCCGGAGAUCUGCUUCCCUGAGAUCCCUGCUCCCGCCAGCUACCCGCACCCCCAGCCCUCCAGCUCCGCCAGCAUCCCCGCGCCUCCUGCCAGCUCCAUCAGCAGCGUGAGCAAUCCCUCUCCCAGCGCUCCCCUCCACCUCCCUCCCGCCGGCAGCCAGCUCCCCAUCCGGCAUGGUCCUCUCCUGGCCAAUCCCUGCGGAGCCGCCUACGGAGCUCACCUCAACUGCAACAACAACAAUGGGAUGGUGGUGCCCAAGGGCUUCCUGGGUGGCCACUGCCUGAACAACGUGGUCCCUCCAAUCAAAUCCGAGCCCAAGGCCUCCUACGCACCUGGCACUUUGCCAGACUCUCCCCCGGAUUCCGGAUCAGAAGCCUACUCCCCUCAGCAGGUGAAUGAUCCUCACCUCCUCCGGACCAUGACUCCCGAAAAUAUGUGUCACCUGACUCCCCCUUCCCGCCUGGAGCACCCUCCUCCUCCGCCGCCUCCUCCUCCACCCCCUCACCUCCAAGGUCCCCCCCCACCCCCCCCCCCGCCCCCUCACCCCCUCCAGCCGCAGCACAAUUCCCACUUUCCCGGCCUGCAGCGGGAUAUGUUCCUGAAGGCCGAGCCCCUGAUGCCUCCGUACGGCGUUGGGCCAGGAAUGGCGCCCGCUGAGCUCCACCAUGCCCAGCAAUCCCAGAUGCUGCACCAGCUCCUCCAGCAGCAUGGAGCAGACCUCCCGGUGCAUCCCGCUAAGAAGCGGAAACACUCCGAGUCCCCCCCCAACACCCUCAAUGCCCAGAUGCUCAACGGGCUGAUCAAGCAGGAGCCGGGAAUGGGAUCCGUGCCGCUCAAUCCCGAUCGCGUCCAGACGCCUCCCUGGCACCAGCCGGGUGCGCUCUCGCCAGGCCUGAUUCAGGAUAACGACAGCCUGAACGGCUCCUACCUGGAUCCCAACUUCCAGUCCAUCAAGUGGCAGCCACAUCAGCAGAACAAGUGGGCAACUCUAUACGAUGCCAACUACAAGGAGCUCCCGAUGCUCACGUACCGCGUGGAUGCCGACAAGGGCUUCAACUUCUCCGUGGGAGAUGACGCCUUCGUGUGCCAGAAGAAGAACCACUUCCAGGUCACCGUGUACAUCGGAAUGCUCGGCGAUCCCAAGUACGUGAAGACCCCCGAGGGCCUGAAACCCUUGGAAUGCUUCUACCUGAAGCUGCACGGAGUGAAGCUCGAGGCCUUGAACCAGUCCAUCAACAUCGAGCAGUCGCAGUCGGACCGCAGCAAACGGCCCUUCAACCCCGUCACGGUGAACCUGCCCCCGGAGCAGGUCACCAAGGUCACUGUGGGGCGGCUGCACUUCAGCGAGACCACGGCCAACAACAUGAGGAAAAAAGGCAAACCCAACCCAGACCAGAGGUACUUCAUGCUGGUGGUGGCCCUGCAGGCACAUGCCCAGAACCAGAACUACACGUUGGCAGCUCACAUCUCUGAGCGGAUCAUCGUCCGGGCUUCCAACCCGGGGCAGUUUGAGAGUGACAGUGACGUGCUCUGGCAGCGGGCGCAGCUCCCAGACACCGUCUUCCACCACGGCCGUGUGGGAAUCAACACAGACCGCCCAGAUGAAGCCCUGGUGGUCCAUGGCAAUGUGAAGGUCAUGGGGUCCCUGAUGCACCCUUCGGAUGCCCGAGUGAAAGAGGACAUCCAGGAGGUGGACACCACAGAGCAGCUGAAGCGGAUCUCCAGGAUGAGGCUGGUGCACUACAGCUACAAACCCGAGUUUGCAGCUACAGUGGGCAUUGACAGCACCUCUGAGACAGGUGUCAUUGCUCAGGAAGUGAAGGAGAUCCUCCCGGAAGCUGUGAAAGAUACUGGGGACUUGGUCUUUUCCAAUGGGAAAACCCUGGAGAACUUCCUGGUGGUGAACAAGGAGCGGAUCUUCAUGGAGAACGUGGGAGCCGUGAAGGAGCUGUGCAAGCUCACGGAUAACCUGGAGACACGGAUUGAUGAGCUGGAGAGGUGGAGCCACAAGCUGGCCAAGCUCAAGAGGCUGGACAGCAUGAAGUCAACUGUGAGCUCUGGAGCCUUCAGCCAAACUGGGAGCCAGUUCAGCCGGGCAGGAAGUGUGCCCCACAAAAAGAGACCCCACAAAGUAGCCAGCAAGUCUCCGUCGGUUGUCCCGGAGCAGGCCUGCAUCAGCCAGCGCUUCCUCCAGGGCACCAUCAUUGCCCUGGUCAUCAUCAUGGCAUUCAGUGUGGUGUCCAUGUCCACGCUCUACGUGCUGAGCCUGCGCAGCGAGGAGGAUCUCGUGGACAUCGAUGGGUCAAGCCAGAACAUUGACAAGACGCAGACAGUGCGAUCCACGGCUGCAUCCAACGGAGCCAGCCGCAGGACACCCCCAGAGCACGUCCCAGAUGAGACACAUGGAGCAGCCCUUGGCAUUCCCAGUCACAGUGUGCUGGCCUGUUUCAGCCCUCCCUGUUUUUCCACGUGCUGCUCUGCUGCUCCCACUGACAUCUCCUCUGUUGUCCCCUUGGAGACCAGCCCUGCCCAUGCCACCAACCGGACAGACCAAAGCCAGCCCUCCCUCCUGCCAGUGACAAAUAUCAAAGCCAAAUCCAGGGGCAUCACCGGGAAAUCCACCUCCUACACCAAGUGGCCAAAGACUCCUGACAGGUCUCAGAGCUUCGGCAGCCCCAAUGCCAGCCCCUCCUCCCCCUUCUCCCACAUCCAGGGCAAAUCCAAGUACAUCUCCAACCUCUCGCUCUCCCGCAGCAACUCCCGGCAGCAGCGCAGCCUCCGGCAGCCGGUGAGCGAGCGGCCCCGCACAGAACAGCCCAGCACGGAUGGGCCAAGCCCGGUGCUGCAAUCCAUCCGGAUCCUGGAGAUCAACCUGGCUAUCCGUUCCCAGUACUGCGCCGCUGCCGACGCCUGCAGGACUGGGAAUUUCAGCUACCGCAUCCCUGUGAGCCAGCAGACAGCUGUGAACACCAACCUGACCCUGGAGAUGAACUCCUCCUCCGCUGUGUCCAUCUCCCUUUGUGGGCUGGUCUCCAGUGAUCCCUGCCAGGGUGCUGUGAGUGGGAACAGCUCCACUGACUCCACAGAUGCACAGGACACCACGCACCGCUGGCCUCUGGUGAUGCUGUCCUUCCGCGAGUUUUCCUACCACUUCCGAGUGGCGCAGCCGGGCCGAGCUGACUGCAACACUUCCCUGGAGCAGCUGGGACACCUCUUCACUGACUAUUACUUCCAGUUCUACUGGCUCUGUGAGUGAGUCCUGGCAGCACCAGUGCCCUCUGCUCGGAGACAGGAGGGGAACUGGUGCCACUGGGAGCCUCCCGAAUUCCCUGCUCCACUGGCCCCCAGCCCCACCUCAUCCCCGUGUCCUGCGGCAGCUCCAGAGCUGGAAUGGUGAUGGCUGGAGACGCUGAAGCUCAGCACAUACAGGACCUAAAAGCCACCACCAGCCCCGUGGUGGCUCCUGGGGGGACCUCACACCGAUUCCCAGCAUCCCACAUCCCUCUCCUUCCCUUAUGGGAACAUUUGUGUCCUCCAUCACUUCCCCCUCCCCUUCCAACACUGGAUUUGGAAGCAUCACACUGGACUGAGCAUUGGAUGGCUCUGCCAGAUCUCAGAGGGAUGCUCCUUCCAUGGACAGGAGCCCCAUCCCGGUGCUCUCAGUUGUCCCACAUCACUUCUUCACAACACUGGAAUUGCUUCAACACUGGAGCCCUUUCCAAGAGCCAAAUGCUGGAGUUUGGCCUGGAAAGGGUGGCUGGACCUACUGGAAGUCGUACACUGGAGUUGCUGUUCCUUCUGCUUGGCCCAGGGCCACUUCCCAGAGACUCCCGGACCUGCCAAUGGGCAAGUUCCUCUAGGAACAACCAGAGAAGGAGCAGCUUCGACAUCAUACCCCCUCUUCUUUGUGCUCUUACAUCCCAUAUCCAUGUGGGAUAUCCAGGUCUAAAUGGAUAAACCCCCCACUCAAGCUGCUGCUGAGGCCAUGCCACACCUGGGGACACCUGUCCCCAGGCCAGGGAUAACACAUGACAGGGAUUUACCCACAUUAAGUGUGGUGGGAUCCAUUUUUAUCCGCUUGGAAGUGGCA